AUGCGACACGUCCUCUCAACGCUCAGCUGGCUCGCGUUUCUAGCGACAUGGCACGUCAAUGCUGCGCCUUCCAAUCCCACUGUUACUCUGUCGGCAGGAGCCAGAGCUAGAUCCAGGACCACAUUUGUUGGGCGGUUCCUCCCGUCCUUCGACCAAGAGGUAUUUCUGGGCAUCAAAUAUGCAGAUCAACCACCGCGCUUUACUCGCUCGGAUUUGAAGACGGUCUACUUGUCCAAUGAUAGCAGUGCCGGCCCUCUACCUUCCCCGUCUGCGACUGUCAUCUACAAUGCGACACGAUACGGAUACGAAUGCCCUGGCUACGGGUCGGAUACAACCAAGCUUCUGGGAAAGGGUUUGAUCCAGAUAAGCGAGGACUGCCUGAAUUUGAACAUCAUCCGGCCAAGGAGAGAGGCGGGCAAUAAGAGAUUGCUCCCUGUCAUGGUCUGGAUCUUCGGAGGCGGGUGGCAGCAGGGUGCAACAGCAGAUCCACGAUACAACAUGAGUUAUAUAAUCCAACAGGCAGCUGCCAAUAACAAGCCCAUACUAGGCGUCUCGAUCAAUUACCGCCUCGCUGCGUUUGGAUUCCUGGACUCCAAAGAAGUCCGCGCCUCCGGAGGUACGAAUCUUGGACUGCUUGACCAGCGAGUUGCUCUGCGAUGGAUCAAGAAGAAUAUCGCCGCGUUCGGAGGAGACCCCAACAAGGUCACAAUCUGGGGCGAAUCCGCCGGCGCAUACAGCGUUGGAGCCCAUCUAGUAGCCAACCGUGGAAAUCACGAAGGUCUCUUUAGAGCAGCUAUACUAAACUCAGGAAAUGCAGUCGGCCCGCCAUGGAACGGCACAGACUGGCAUCAGCCGAUGUAUGACCGGAUCGUGAGCAAGGCAGGAUGCGCAAAUUCGUUGGAUACGCUCCAAUGCCUGCGCGAGGUUCCUUUCAAAUCCCUCUAUGCUGUAGCAUACGAGGGCUUGGAAUGGUUCGCUACGGUCGACGGGCAAUUCAUUGCAGAGGAACCCCAGGUCAGCAUCACGCGCGGCCGAAUUGCCCGAGUCCCCAUUCUUCUCGGGACCAACACGGACGAGGGAACGAGCUUCGGGGUAACUGGUGUGGACACAGAUGAGGAGUGCAUCGAGCAGCUGACGGCAUCCAAGCGCUGGGUUCUGACCCGGGAGCAAGCCACGAAACUCCUGACAUACUACCCCAACGAUCCAGUCAUCGGAUGCCCUUAUGGCUGGGGCAACGUCACCUGGCCAGAGAAGGGGCUGAUGUACAAGCGGUAUUCGUCCAUGGCCGGCGACCUAUGCAUGACAGCACCGCGCCGACUUCUUGCGCAGGCCAUGGCAGAAGCCAACAAAGCCGUAUAUUCGUAUCGAUGGGAUGUGGCAGCUCUCAACACCUCGUCAACCAUUGGUGUGCAGCAUUUUGCCGAAAUCCCAUUCGUUUUUGCGAAUCCAGACCAAGAUUUCACCCCGUUAGGAGAAGACCCCGCUCGUCUGCAGCUUGCAGCGCUGGCGGCACGCAUAUGGGCCUCGUUUGUAGCGGAUCUCGACCCGAAUGGACAUGGAGCUCCAAUGAUUCCCAAAUUUGACCCUGCAAAUAAUGCUGAUGGAACGCCAGUAACUGAAAUCCCUAAGUGGCCGCGGUAUGCGUCAACAACUCAUCAAAGCAACCCUGCGAAUUUCGUCUUCCGUCUGCCGAUGGGGGACAGCUACGUCGAAAAGGAUGAUUAUCGUGCAGAGGGCAUAGCAUAUAUCAACUCCAUUCAAAGGUGA